CAGGGCUCGGUCGGGCCUCUCUAGGCGUCCGAAGGACUCGAUGCUACUGGCCGACCUGCCGUGGAGGACAUUUUGUUGCCAGUAGAACCGCUUUGCGAGAAGUGCUGGAACCAGUUCUUCAGAGAGAUAGGAAAUGAUAUAGAUCAGGAACUCGGGGCUACGUAAAGAAAGGAAAGGAUCAGAGAAGAAAUCAGUGAAGGUAACAUGCCAUGUUCUAUCAGUUAUGGGGGGCGGAUCUUACUCACUGGCACCUUCAGAGCUGGACUGGUGGAGGAAAUCAACUAUCCUUAUGACUUUAUCUCUUUAGGAACCAGAGAACCUACUGAGCCUGCAUAUACAUUGCCCUUGACCAUACUAAAUUUUUUAUUUCAUUAAUUGUUGUCUCCUGUACAUUCUCUUCAAAUCAGACACACAAUUCGCUAUUAUUUGAAAUCAAGAUGCCAACUAUUUCUUCUACCAAUAUGCUCUAUAUUUUCUCAACUCUCUUCACUCCUAAUGAGAUGAAUUCUUUAGAAUACUUUCAUAUCCAACCUCUUUCCCACAUCUACUGUCACCCCCAACUGAGCCCUUUAAAAUGCUUCAUCCCCACCUCCUGAAUUUCACUGAUAUGGUUAGUGCUUUCAGUUUAGUUUAUUGUUAGAUCUUUUUCUUAUAGUAUGUCCCAUCUAUUUCAUGAAUAUUUGGCUCUUUUAUUACAAACUCCCAGUCUGUCCUUAUUUAUAGUGGGGGUCAUGACUCAUCAGUAGGUUUUUCCCCUCUUUAUUUUCUUUCAUUUGAGGUCUGCGUGCUAUUUCUUUUGCUGCUGUGUUAAAGUCUUUUCUAAGGUAUUUUCUUCAACUGGAGUAUCAAGGGGAUACGUGAUGGUUAAUUUGAGCGUGUUUUUGGAUGAGAUUAACAAUUGUAUGUGUAUACUGAGUAAAGGAGGUUGUCUUCCCUAAUGUGGGUGGGCCCUAUGCAAUCAGUUGAAGGCCUGAAUAGAACAAAAAGGUUGACUUUUCCAUGAGUAAGAGGGAAUUUCCUCCUGCCUGACUGCCUUGAGCUAGGACAUCAGGGUUUUUCUUUUCCUGCCUUCAGACUUAGACUAAAACUUUGGCUCGUCCGAGUCUUAGCCUGCCAGCUUUCAGACUGAACUGCACCAUCUCCUCAUGGGGUCUCAAUCCUUUGGACUGCACCAUCAGCUCUCCAGGGACUCCAGCUUGGUGACUGAAGAUCUCAGGACUUGUCAGCUUCCAUAAUCAUAAACCCCAAUAAAGGCCGUGGCCUACGCCCCCCUGGCUCAUGCUUCUGCUUCCGCACCGAACCUGGUAUCCUGAGGCCGUGCAUGGCAAGUGGUGCCGUUUCUGGGGGAACUGAGUGACACUAAACUUUCCUUUCAAUGACAUUGACCUCUCCAUGUGGUCACUCACCCAUCUUUAUCAAUUAAGACCCAAGACACAACAUAUCUGACCCAGAAUAUAUAAAGAAUGCUUGUAACUCGACAAUAAAAAAACCUCUCAACUCUGAAGUGAGCUGGAGAGACGGGAGAGGACCAGUCCCUGAGAGAGAGUUGGGGAUGGCGUGGUGGUCUGCAGGGGUCACAGGGCCAGGCUCCCUUCACAGGCGCCUUCCAGGGCGUGCAGCUGCGCGCCAGGCCUGAUGCUGGGGAGGCUGGAGGGACGCUGCGCUUCGGCGGAGCUGCACCAGGGCUGAUGCUGGGAGCUGGGGGGAGACUGGGCCGGGUCGCGCGGACCGGGGGCAUGGAAGCUUGUCAGGGCCUUCCGCCUCAGGGGAGUCUCGAGCCUUCUCCGGCUCCAGAGCGGCAGGGCAACCACCGAGACCACUGUCCUCCGCGGCGCCUAGAGCGGCUCCAGCUGCGCUCGCCCGGAAGGACCGCAGCCCGCUUGAGCAGUGGCUUCCGGCGCGGCGGCGUCUGCUCUUUCGCGCCGGGGAGCCGGAGUGAAUCCUGGGCGUUGGACUGCGGCCUCUCGUGCCGCGCGGCCGUCUUCCCGGCGACUGCAGGGCCGCUCUCCUGUCAGCGCCUGGGGCCCGCCGAGCCUGCGUCCCUUCCCGAGGGUUGUCCGGCAUCGCAGCCCCGCGGGCUGGGCCGUCGGCGCGGCGGGGGGCGGGGAGACGCGGACCGGUCUUUCGGCAGCUGCGAGCGCCGCGUCUGCUCGGGCCUCGCGUCGGCGCCCUGCUGCAGGGCCGGCCGGGCGGGGUCCCGCAGAGCCGGGGCGGAGGGGCCGCCCUCCCGAGACAGCGGUGUCCGGCGGCCUUUGCUGAGGGGGACCCGCCCGAGCGAGCGCCCGUGCCGCCUGCCUGUUCUGUGGGCGCGGCGUGGGUCCGCCUGCCGAGGCCUCAGUCGAGGCCGAGCCGGGGGGCUCCUGACGCCCCGAGACCGCGCUGCCGCGUCUGGAGGGGAGACUGACGGAGCGGCCUCGCCCCGCAGGCCGGCUGCGGGUCAGGGGACCGUGGGGCCCGGGCCGGCGCGCUCCCAGCCUCGCGGGGCGCGUGCUCGUCUCCUCUCCUCGGGCCGCCGCCGCCGCCGUCGGAGGAGCGACGGCCCCGCCUCACGGUCCCGCGGGCGCCCGGGCCCUCGGAAAUCCGCCCGAGCUGCCUCGGACGGGCCGGCGCCUCGGUGCCCGGCCCCGCGCCCCCGGGGUUCGCAGACGGCCCCCCCCCGAGCGCCCCUCUGACCGCGGGCACGGGCCGGCCUUAAGCAGUGACCCUCUGGUUUUCUUAUAGAUUAGUGCUUCCUUAUUGAAAAAUUGGAUGAUAAACUGUUGGGCUUUUCCUUUCUUGGGAUAUCUUGAAUGAUUUGGUGAUUCUCAAUUAUUUACUGACACUCAGUCUUCUCUAUUUUAAAGUCAUCUCUCAUAGUUUGUUUUCCUUGAGAUUUCUAACAGUGCUUGAGGAAACAACACUUUAAUCUGUAAUCUUGACCAUCGCCUCGUUAAGGCUUUAUGAGCCGCCUCAUGAUCGCCCGGUGGUUUGCUGGUUUGCUGGCCGCUGGGCUUAGAGGGCGAAUGGGACACCGCUCUCCAAAAGCUCUCAGCUUAGCUGGGAGGAGAGAGAGUAAAGUUAGAGGAAAGGCCCCGAUUUCCCAUUUUCUCUCCAUAUUUGCUCUACUUGUCAUUCACUUUUCGUUGAUUCCUUGGAUUCUCCCAGCCUGUCAUGCCCUCUGGCCUCUCUUCCUUUCCUACAAGCCCUGAUGGCCUUGUUAAUCAUCAGCACCUUUGUCUCUUCGUGGCCGGUGGGAAUUGUCUUGGAUUAGUCCCACAGUCCCCCUCUUGUUCCCGUACCUGGAUGCUGAGCAGCCACAAACACCUCUCCUUGGUUUCCCUAGGAUUCCAUGGCAUCCAGUCUCUGCUAGGAGCUCACUUCUUUUACUUGGCCUUAGUUUAGUGGUCCUUCAGUCACGUUCCUCUGCCUCUUGUACUCUUCACUGAUGACUUCCUCUUGUAUUUCAAAGAGAAAACUCAAAGGAUGAGGUGUCUUCCUCCUCCUGAAAGCCACCUUCUCUGUUCUUGGUCCAGUCCCUUUCCCAUGCUCCCAUCCCAGUCAGAACUUUCCACCAUGAAUUGUCCUCUCUUGUGUCUUCCUAGUCUCCCUAGCCCUUUUUCCUCGGUCUACAAAUUAACUGUAAGGCGCUCACAUCUUAGGAAAACACUUUUUGAUCUGGUGUCUCCCUGUUAGCUACUGUGUUGCCUCAGUCAAGCUAACAGAAAGGUUUUCUACGACUGCAGUUUCCACUUUCUCACCUCUUGUGUACCUCAACCACUGCCUUCUCGUUUCUUCUCCUUCCUCUUCACCAGAAAUGACCCCUUUAUUGCCAGAUUUAGUGGGUGCUUUACUUCUUCAUUCCCUUGACCGCUGUUGAAUUUGACAUUGUAGUUACUUAGUCCUUCUUGAAAGUUCUUGCUUCGUGACUGGUCUUUCCUUGUGUUCCUACCUUCUCAGCAAUUCUCUCCUGUUGUUCUUCAAGGGGACUUUGAUCGAAGCUUUUAAGUGUCAGCGUUUCCCUGGGUUCUGUCCUUGCCUUCUUCUCUUUUUUGGCUACACAGUCUUCUUAGGAACUCUUCUUUCAUGGCUUCGGCCACCACCUGAUCUGCACAGCGUCACAUAUACCUGUGUGCUGGAAAUUUCCACCCAGAAUUCCUGAAGUUGCUACAAGUCAAAAUGUCCAAACUGAGGUUCGCUUCCACCAAAUCCCCUGGGUCUGAGUCUCUUGUUUUCUUUUUCCUACACUGCAGUGGGGACUCAAAAAUCCUCCACUGCUCCUAAGAUAAAGUUCAAAAUCCUUACUCUUGCUUUUAAGGUCUGCAUUAUCUGGCGCAUUCUACAGCUUAAUCUCAAGCCACUUCCCACCUUACCCUGCUUCCUGGCCUUGCUGGCUUUCCUUUGUACUCUCAAAUACACACUUUCCUUAGAAUCUUUUAAAAAAAAUUUAUUGGCCCUGAGCUAACAUCUGUUGCCAAUCUUCCUCUUUUUUUUCCUCCCCAA